UGGCGUGCUUGGGUUACCUGUGCGAGUUGUGCUGUGCAGUGAGUGGUUCUGUUGGCCUUUAAAUUCCCAUUUGGAUACCCGUUUCGUUAGGUGAGCUAGCUUGUGGCGAGCAGACUGAAGUUUUGAUUGGAUCAGUGGUCAGGUCGCUGAAUAUGAAACUUCGAAAGUAACUCUUUAUCAACUUACCUGAGCCAUACUUUAAGAUGUCUCCCUACCUGAGUCUAGCGAUAUACGUGUGGCUGUGCAGCGCGGUAGCCGCCCAAUCCAACUAUGCCGAUCAGGCCAACAACAUCGAAUACCAGGGGGAAGGCCUGCCCGAGCAGACCAUCCUCGACGGGAAGGUCACCAAGCUGGACGACCUCAGUCCCGUCAUAUUCCUGAACCGCACCAAGGCCGCUUUAAAUUGUGCCUCAGGAUCAAUGCUGAUGGAGAUGAAGUUCAACGAGAAAUUCUACGGGAUCGCUUAUGCUGAUUUCGACAGGAACUCCGCCUGCAGGAUACGAGGAGACGGAGCACUUAGUUACAAGCUCGACCUACCUCUGAAAGGGUGCGGAACCAAGCAAGGCCCUCAACGUGUUUUUACAAAUAACGUCGUAGUGAGGUUCCAUCCAACUCUGGAAAUGGAUGGCGAUGAAAUUAUCACCAUCGUAUGUCGGUACCCUCCACCGGUAGCACCCCUACCGGCCGCUAUAGCAAACCCUAUAUUACCUCCGACAGCUGCAGUGGCCCCACCGCUUAGAGGAUUCCAGAUAUUGUUGAUAAUAUGCGGCAUCCUCUUCCUGUCGCUUCUUCUAUUAGGUCUAGGAUGCUCUUACUACUGCCUGAGAAGACGCACUGUACCUGUAAUACGACAUCAUCCAUUUUCGUCACUUGGAAGUGGAUCAGAAAUCACUGCCCUUACUCCAAGCUCACUUGGUCUUUCGAUGAUCGAUAGCGUUAAGAUACCCCGUGCUACGGUUCCCCCAGGAAGCAGCUCGGGAAGCGAGGAACACAUCGUCAGCGAUACAAUUCCUUCAGAUUACCCAUCAGAAUCUCAUUCCGAAAUCGAAGACACCAGAUCUCUCCCUGUUUCUUCCGCAGGAAGCUACGAGAACAAAGGUUAUCUUCAAGACAACAGUAGCUUCUACAGUGAAGGUUACGGGCAUACUCAGGAACAACACAUUCACAAUGCGGUCGCUACUCCAGCUACGGUACCCAGACUGCCUCUGGCAGUCAAAGAUCAACCUAAAUUCGACGUACAGGUGCGCGUUAAGACAGCACCUGCGUCUCCUCCAAGCAUCUCAAUGUCAGACACUGAGAGUACAAGGACUGAUAGGAAUCUUUCGACCAUUCUUGAGCAACGAGAAGAGAGUAUCAGGUCUCUCGAAUCACCCCUUCCAGUCGAAAGAACGCAAUUCACCUACAUUCCUGAGCUUCACCCACCACCCAAACAUAUUCAACCAGCUCCUACAUACAAGAGAAUACUCACCAGACAACUGGAAAUGCAAGAAGAACCGAUGAGAAUUACUCCAGCUAGAUCCAUCGCUUCUCUUAAUACUGAGAUGACUGAUACUCACUCCAUGACGGAGAUUGUUGACGACUCGCAUCACAAGUUUGUUGCCCCAACUCCUCCUCCACCUCCACCAAUAAUUCCUAGACAACAAUACAUUUCUGAAAUGGAAGAACCUGUCUCUCUUGAACCACCAAUAGCUGUGGUACACAAACCGGAAAUAACUUCUCAUGUAGUUGAUGACGUAUUCCUACGCACAAUAACAGAGAAAAAGACUAUAGAAGACAUUGAAAGACAUAAACGAUUGAUCACCGAAUACCACACCCGUCCUAAACUAGUAGAGGCCCAGAAAUGGGAUGUUACUAUUAAAAAUUACCCUGCUGAGAUCCCUGAACCACCCGACUGGGAAAACUUCUCUGAUAUUUCAUCCGCUUCUGGUCUCACUUUGACACCAAAACUGGAAAGAGCGAACAUGAGCUUGCCACCCCAGAGUACUAUUGUUGACGAUAAACUGCCAUUAAACGCACCGGAAAUAGUAGCUAAGAUGGGACAACAGCCACCUAGAUACACUGCCUCUAUAAACGUUCCACCUAGAGAUGACAAUUUCUUGUCUACAUUCAAUAUACCUUUAGAAAACCCUCAAGUGCCAAACUGGAACGUGCUGAUAAGAGUUCUACAGCCCGAAAUGGAAGAAGGACCCGUAAUCGAAAGCGCUGAAACUUUCAAUUCUCAACUUACGAUGUCUGAUAAGAUGAAGUGGCGUCAGAUCAUCACCACUGAGUCUACAUUAAGAACACUCCUCACUGAAUGUGUAGUUCGCGAAGACUACGAAAGGGUUCGUCAGGACACUAGAUACGAAAAAUUGUUCGAGCCUCCUAAAUGGGACAUCAUAAUAAGGAUACUGACACCUCUGGACAAACAGCCGAAGAGCAGAUUCAGGAAGAAGAAUGACUGGGACACUAGAAGCCGUCGUAGCAGUUUGCCAACACUGUACGAAUACGAUUCCGAUGGAGGCAGUUCUGUAAGAACCCUCACCCACGAACCAAUAGUUCAGCCGCUAAUUCCUAGAAGAAGCUCUAGGUCUAGCUACAGAAGCGAGGCCGAUCUAAGGUCUAUGUCCGAGAUGACCGUCGAUUUUGGUCGCCACGAAAACGAUAGAUACUCCGAGGCAUCUAGUUACUAUCCAGAAAGGAGGUACUACGAUGAUUCCGAGCCAGGCCAUCCAUCGCUUGCUAGAUCUCUGAGUCAGCCCAGUUUAGCGAGAUCGGCCAGCGAAUUUACUGAAAGAUGGAUAGCUCCAUCGAGGUACGAUACCGCUAGCGAGUUCACUUCUCCCGAAGCAACUCCAAAGUCGCAGCGAAGCACUAGGAUCCAACCCCUUCAUCUUCCUAGGGGUGCUGCAGAGCGCAGUUCUAUGUGGCAAGCUUCUCAAGCCAGUAGAACCAUGCAAGGACCUGGCACCACGACGCAAGUGGUGUCUCAGGAGUUCAGAAGCGAGGCAACCGCUAGCUACGUGGGAGCUUCGCCACGUAAGAACUGGUUCGGAGAUAACGAUAGUGAAGUUAGUUAUAAGUAAACCGACAUUCCUAUUAAUGUGCUAAUACAAUUUUUAACCGGUAACAAAUCUGCCCUCAUUUUAUAAUAUAUAUUAUGUAAAAACAAAUAUUUUUAGCAGUUUUUUUAUUUCAUAGAAUUUGUAACGUAUUGUACUUAAUUUUUAGUAACUAGAAUGCUGUGAUAACGAAUGUAAGGAUAGACAGAUUCGAUAUCUUUUUUUAUCUGAUUUAAAGGGCUCCACCCGGCUUUCCACUUUUCCACGAAUUAAACGUGGGGAACUGUAGAGUUGGGUAAGAUUUAUUUUUUAUCCUAACCUCCGGUAUUUCCUUUGUUCUCUCAUGAUUUUCACCUAGUAACCGGUUUCAAAACUUACAGUAUUACUACUUCAGGGGAACAACGGGGCCUGCCAAUUUUAACUGCUCAAUCUUGCUCUAUGGGUGACGGGAAAACAGGCUUCUUUUUGCAUUCUACUAAACUCCCCCUUACAAGUAACGAGUGUUUCUAUGGAAUAUUUUACAGAGAAAUAUUUUCUUAAGGUGCUACUUUAUUUUAUAUUAUAUAUAUUCAUUGUAUGUAACUUUUUAUAUUUUUAAAUUUA